GUCAAAUAAUCAUUUUAUGUUAUGUCGCAAAAUUUUCUCGCCGCAGUAAUUUACAACUUAGUCAAUAUUUGUCAAAUCUAACGUGAUGGACUUUAAAAGCCAAACACUGUGUCCAUUCCGAAGACCGUGGAUGAUCAGAAGCGGAGCGGCGAACGCAGGUUCCUCAAGCAAAAGCUUGAAGGGUGUCUUGGCGGGCGGCAUAACAGGAGGCAUCGAGGCGUGCAUCACGUAUCCGACCGAAUUUGUGAAGACCCAGCUGCAGCUGGACGAGAAAUCUGCCAAAAAAAUGUAUGCAGGCCCCAUUGACGUUGUCAAAAAAACGAUCGAGCAAAAGGGCGUGAAAGGUCUGUACAAAGGUUUGAGCGUGCUGAUCAUGGGCUCCAUACCCAAGACCGGCAUCCGUUUCGGCUCCUUCGAAAUGGUGAAGAAACGCAUGCAAGGCCCCGACGGCAGUCUCACCCCUCUCAUGCGAAUGUUCUGCGGCCUUUGUGCCGGCUGUUUCGAAUCGGUGUUCGUCGUAACUCCCAUGGAGACUAUCAAGGUGAAAUUCAUCAACGAUCAACGAUCGCCGAAUCCAAGGUUCCACGGCCUGGUCCAAGGCGUCGGCAGCAUCAUCAAGGAAGAGGGACUGAGAGGAUGUUACAAGGGACUGGUGGCAACGACGCUGAGACAAAGCACGAAUCAGGCGGUCCGGUUCUUCGUCGUCGAGUCACUGAAAGAUUGGUACCGAGAGGGUGACCAUACGAAACCGAUCAUUGCGCCGAUAAUCACCUGUUUUGGAAUAAUAGCGGGAUGUGCGUCGGUCCUGUGCAACGCCCCGUUGGACGUGGUCAAAACUCGCAUGCAAAGUUUGGAGGCUCACAAGUACAAGAACAUUUUCGAUUGCAUCCAGCAGAUCUGGAACAACGAGGGGCCGCGGGCCUUCUACAAGGGAACCGUUCCGAGAUUGAUUCGUGUGGGACUCGAUGCCGGUGUCACCUUCACCGUAUACGACUUAAUCAUGGACGCUUUCAAUACAAUUCGGCCAUAAGAAUUCAUUUAAUUGUACAAUUUUGACUUUUAUUCUGUCUGAUGGUUAUGUUUGAUUGAUUAAACAAAAAAACAU